UUUGCCACUUGGUCUGUGAUCCUUGAUACGACCGGAUUGGCCAAUACAGAAAUUCGUCGAAAAUGACGGUAUGUGCGCCAGUUGUGCUGGUGCUAAUGGCAGUAUGUGCGAGUGUAGCAAAUUGUGCGAGUUACAAGACAAUACGAACACCAUCUGGACCGGUUAAGGGGAUAAGCGUACAAAACAGAGACCAAUUAGUAUAUCAGUACCGAAAUAUUCCUUAUGCUAAACCCCCGGUCGGAGAUUUGAGACUGCGGAAACCGGUUCCAUUUGGUGGCUGGACAAAUGUCCUUGAUGCAACUUCAUUUGGUCCAUCUUGCAUACAAGAUCGAAAGUAUGUUUCUGCUACACUUCAAAACAGAGAAAUGUCUGAAGACUGCCUCCAGCUGAAUGUGUACACACCUUCCAAUGCUUCCCCAACAAACAAGAAGAGUGUGAUGAUUUGGAUACACGGAGGAGGCUACGUUGCAGGACAGGCGACCUUAUAUGACGCCUCCCCUCUCGCUAAUAUCGGGGAUGUUAUUGUCGUCACGGUGAAUUACCGAUUAGGACUGCUAGGUUUUCUCAGUACAAUGGACGAUUCUUCUCUUGGAAAUUACGGCUUAUGGGAUCAGCUGCUUGCAAUUCAAUGGGUAAAACAAAACAUCGCAGCCUUCGGUGGUGAUUCAGACUCGGUAACACUUUUUGGGGAAUCAGCUGGCUCUAUGAGUGUGGCGUUACAUGCGCUUAACCCACAAAAUCAAGGCCUGUUCCAACGUGUAAUUGGAGAAAGUGGGCCCGCUAAUUCUGUUUUAGCAUUGAGUUUAGAGGCGAAGAACAUUUCUAGAGGGUAUGGUAUAUUUCUAACCUGUAUCCAUGCGAAUGAUAUCAGCGUCGAUUCUGCUGGACUUGUUCAGUGUUUGAGAGAAAAACCUGCUUCAGAAAUUCUACGAGCCCAAAUGAAUCUAGAUGUUAAAAAAUACACAAAGUAUAACAUUCCACUCAAAGACGCCCCUGUAGUUGAUGGGGAUCUUAUAAAGUCUUUUCCUGAAGAUGUGAUGGCCAAUAUCUCUUCGGCGGGUUCAAAUUUUUUCCGGUCUUUGGAUGCCAUGUUUGGCAAUACAGAUGCUGAAGGUUCGCUUCUGAUCGACCUCGGCAUAGAGUCCUUAGAAGCUGAAUAUAAUUUCAAUGCUUCACUUUUUAUACCAACUCGCAUUCUCUGUGAUGUGCUUUCGCCGGUAUUUUCAAAAGACUUUUUCAAUGGAAACAAGGCUGUUGCUGUUGCCAUUUGUCAAAGGUACAGAAGCAAUAAUAUCGUUGAGCAGAGCAGAAACGUCAUCAACAUGUACACUGAUGGAGUUAUGGUAGCCCCUACUGUCAGCACGCUCAACUGUCAUUCAUCCCCCGGUCUGACCAUGGGCAGAAAUACUUAUCAGUUCAUGUUUACCAAAGUAACAAAGACAAUGGACAACCGACCGUCAUGGUUUGUUGGGGCGGGACAUGGCUUAGAACUGAGGUAUCUGUUCAAGUUUGACGGUGCUACAAACAAUGUGGAUCGGUUACUCUCUUUGAUCAUGACGACGUAUUGGACCAACUUUGCUAAGAACGGUUCCCCGAAUGGUCCCGGUCUUCCCUAUUGGCCUAGAUACGACCCAAUAGGCGGGCUCUAUCAACGCCUGGACAGCAACAUUUCACCAGAAUAUCACGUGACGCUGGAUAGGGUUCAGUUCUGGAACCAGUACCUUCCAUCACUGGUGAAGAAUACUCCAAAUGUCGUUCAAAACAUUCCAAUCCAAGUGCUUAGAACACGUAACAUAAGGAACAACUAUGUGAUGUUAUUACGUAAUGCAUUAAUAGGGUGGUCAUAUGUUGGCAGUAUGGUUUGGUACCCUAUAGUUCUGCUGUUUGUUGCAUCCUGUUUCUCUGCGGUCAACAGUCAGAGUUACCGAACAAUUGAUUCAGCGUCGGGACCUAUUCGUGGGAUUGGUGUACAGAAUCGGGGCAAGAUGAUGUACCAGUACCGUAAAAUCCCCUAUGCUAAACCUCCUGUCGGAGAUCUGAGACUGCGUAAACCGGUUCCAUUCGGCAGAUGGACAAAUGUUUUAGAUGGUUCUUCUUUUGGACCGUCCUGCUAUCAGCGGACGGAAUAUAUCUUUCCUUCUUUACCGAAUUCAGAAAUGUCCGAGGACUGUCUGCAUUUAAACGUUUAUACACCAAGCAACGCCUCUCUAAACAACACUAAAAGUGUUAUGAUCUGGAUCCACGGUGGAGGGUAUACCUUAGGCCAGUCGUUUGGCUAUGAUGCCUCUAACCUUGUUACUGUAGGGGAUGUCGUGGUGGUGACCGUAAACUACCGAUUAGGAAUAUUAGGAUUCCUCAGUACAAUGGAUAACGCCUCGCGUGGUAACUACGGGCUGUGGGAUCAAAGACUAGCAAUGCAGUGGGUAAAGAACAACAUAAGGGCAUUUGGUGGUGACCCAAGCUAUAUAACAAUUUUUGGUGAAUCUGCCGGAGGGUUUAGUGUCGGAAUACAUGCUCUUAUUGCAGAAAAUCAAGGUCUAUUCCAACGGGUCAUCGCUGAGAGUGGUACAGGAAAUGUGCCUUUUGCAUUAAGUGUAGAGUCCCCAAAAUAUGCCAGAGGGUACGGUAUCUAUCUCAAUUGUCUUAAUGAAAACGACAUAACGUUUGAUACUGAAAAGUUAAUUGAAUGCUUCAGACGGAAAAAUGCAAAAGAAAUUAUGCAAGCUCAAAUUAACACUGACGUUUUUAAGUACGGAAACUAUAUACUUAACAGUCCAACUGCCCCUGUAGUCGAUGGAGAACUGAUCAAGCAACAUCCCAGUGCUAUGAUAGCUAAUUCCUCGUCGAUUGAAUCCAGUUUCUUUCGUUCUCUCGAUGUCAUAAUUGGCAAUACGGAUUCUGAAGGAUCCCUUAUAUACGACGAAUUUAUGAUUUCCCUCGAAAAACAAUAUCAUUUUAAUUAUUCUCGCGCCGUUCCGACGGCAGUGCUUUGUAAUGCAUACGCACGAGAGAUCGCAAAGGAUUUCUAUAACAGGAAUAGUGACGUUUCCGACGCUAUAUGUAAGCAAUACAGCAGAACUGAUGAAAUUGAGCAGAGUAGAAGUAUCGUUGAAAUGUACACGGAUGUCUUUAUGGUUGCUCCAGCUGUCAAAGCUUUAGACUGUCACUCACUCCCUGGACUGACUAUGGGAAGAAACACCUACCAGUAUAUGUUUACCAGAGAAUAUCCCGAUACAUCAUUCCCGGAGCCAAGUUGGUUCAAAGGGGCUUGGCAUGCCGCCGAGAUUCCAUAUAUUUUUGGACCAAGACUUCCAUGGCCAGUAUCGAAACCCGAUUCUCAGGCUGAUGCAAUGCUGACGGUUAAUAUGAUCAAAUAUUGGACGAAUUUUGCAAAGAGAGGCUCGCCGAACGGUCCAGGAGUGCCCUACUGGCCUAGGUAUGACUCAGUUGGAAGGUUAUAUCAAAACUUGAACAUCAACAUAGCACCAGCAUAUAAUGUUAACCCAGAGAGGAUUCGAUUUUGGAACCAUUAUCUUCCCACUUUGGUCAGAAAAACAGCCAAUAGUAACAUGGUUGUUGGAUAGGUCAAUUUGUUUGUAUAUUCAUUCGGAAUAAAUUUAUUUUAUG